AAGCGGAAGCGUGGCGUGGCCACGUGUGCGGGCCAUGGCGGGCGGGCUGGAGCCGCACCUGGAGGCGCUGCGGCGGGAGCUGCGCGGCCCCGCUGUGCUCUCCGUGCUCAUCGCGCUCAUCGCCGUCGCCAUCACCUUCCUGAUCUGGCGGUUCGUGCAGGGUAGGAGGAGUAGCCGGAAGGCCGUGCUGCUGCUGGGCCUCUGCGACGCGGGGAAGACGCUGCUUUUCGCGCGGCUGCUGUCGGGGCGGUACCGCGACACCCAGACCUCGAUCACCGACAGCUCCGCCGUGUACAGGGUCAGCCGGGACAAGAGCACUAAUGUGACCUUGAUCGACCUUCCAGGCCAUGAGAGUUUGAGGCUGCAGUUCUUGGAGAGGUUCAAGGCCGCAGCCAGAGCCAUCGUGUUCGUGGUGGACAGCGUGGCCUUCCAGCGGGAGGUGAAGGAUGUGGCAGAAUUCCUGUACCAGGUGCUGGUGGACAGCACCGUGCUCAGGAACGCGCCCGCGCUGCUCAUCGCCUGCAACAAGCAAGAUGUCACAAUGGCAAAAUCAGCAAAACUCAUCCAGCAGCAGCUGGAGAAAGAGCUCAAUACCCUGCGGGUGACCCGUUCUGCAGCCCCCACCAGCCUGGAUGGCUCAGCCACAGGGGGCCCUGCCCAGCUGGGGAAGAAGGGCAAGGACUUCGACUUCUCCCAGCUGCCCAUGAAGGUGGAAUUUGUGGAGUGCAGUGCUCGAGGCAGCAAGGGAGAGGACGGAGAGGCUGACCUGGAGGGCCUCGAGAAGUGGCUGGUGAAGGUGGCCUGAAGAGAGACUGACAGGGCUGGGGGGUUGAAGGGAAAAAGGUGGUCUGGAGCACUCAAAUCUCAUCUUGAUGUAAAAAGAAGGAACUUCAGCUGGAAGUCAGCACUGUGGUGUCUUCCUCUGCUGCUCGUGGGCUUGGGAGCGACGUGACAAUUGCUGGUGUGAUUCCCUCUGACUGUCCCUUCGUGCUGCAAUGUUUUUAUCCUCUCCCCUCUUCCCUUGCCCUCCUCUGGCCUGCUGACCCUCUGGGCUUCUCUUUUUCCUUAAUCUUUAGGCUUUCAUUUGGUAGUUGCCAAGCAAAUUAGGAAGGAGUGCACUGGCAGGUGAGUUUUAGAGACUGGAGUGUGCCUGGUGUUUCCUGCUGUGGUUUAGACUCCUGCUGCCUCUCAGAGCCACUGACUGCCUUAUGGCUGGGGCUGCUGGGGAGCUCCCUAAGUUAGGCAGGCAUUGAGAGAGUAUAAAAAGCUGGUUUCCUCUUUGUCUCUACCUUCCCAUUUUUCCAAACUGGUGCAGCCCCAUUUCUGUGGGGCUGGAGGAGUGUGAAAUGCCCAAACCAGGCUGCCUGCCCUGCUUUACUCCUGCUUUACUCCUGCUUUACUCUGGGCCCGUGUCUGGCGAUUUCCUCUCUUGAUCAGCUCCUGGGCGUUUUUCUUCAGCUGAGGGCCGUGUCCUGAAAGCUUCACUCUGCUUCUCCUUCCAGGCUCUCCUCCCAGAGCCACGAAGGAACACUUUUAAGAGUGGCAGAGCUACGGGGGGUCGUGGCACGAACCUGUGAGGUGGGCACAAUUUCAGAUCCAUACCUGCAUCCAGUGUGGGACCUGUGGUGCCAGGCACUUGCUGUGCAGGCUCCUGCUGCCUCCUGUCCCGUGGCUGCAGGAAGGUCUGUCUUUGUGUCUAAUUAGUCAGCACUUGUGGCAGAGUGAGAGGGAAAGUCAAGGAGCUGCCAGCACGUGCGUGUGCUUCCUCCUCCUCCUGACGGAGAUGCUCAAGGAAGAGGGGAAAGGGGAGGUUUUCCCAGUUUGUGUCUCACUGCACAUUGCAGAGUCCUCGUGCAGUGACAUUUUCCCUUUCUUUGUGGCUUCCCCUGUUGCUUUAGGGUUGAGGAGGUGGCUGGCUCCUGGCAGACCCUUUUUGUAGUUUGCAGCCCCCUCUUCCCCCGUGGUUUGAUGCCUCCUUCAUCACUCAACUCAUCUGUUCUCUUUUUUUUCUCUUUUUUCUCUGUAUCUGUGUUCUUUUCCUUCUCUGGGGCUUUUCCUGCCUCCCUGCAGCAUUGCCAAGUGUUGGGAAGAGCAGGAGCAGCCUUCAGCAAAGCUCUGUGCCUGUAAUGGAGCUGGUCCUUGCAUUUCCAGCCUCGGGAACCAUCCAUGCAGGAGGUGGGGAGGGUGAUAUUUACCAAACACGUUACAUUCUUCUGUUUCCUGCAGGCAGAGUCCUGUUGGAACAUGUUUGUCAUGCUUUGAACUGCUUUAGCUGGAGGUCUUGGGCUGCCUGCUUUGAAUCCAUAAUGCUGAAGUGGUUUUGGGUGAAAAAUUGCUGUUUCUUUUUGUGGUUCUUGCAAAGACGCAGAGGCCAAGCACCAGCUUCAGCUUAAGGAGGGGGGAGGGGGGGAGAUACCAUGAGGCCAUGGUGGGUUUUAAGUUAUUCUUUUAAAAAGUAUUCCUUAAGUAAAUUCUCUUUUGCUUAAA